CGCCAGCAUGACCGACGCGCUGCUGCCCGCGGCCCCGCAGCCGCUGGAGAAGGAAGGCGACGACUACUUUCGGAAGGGCUGUAACCCCCUGGCACAAACUGGCCGGAGCAAACUGCAGAACCAAAGGGCCGCGUUGAACCAGCAGAUCCUGAAGGCAGUGCGAAUGCGGACAGGAGCCGAGAACCUUCUGAAAGUAGCCACGAACCAGAAGGUGCGAGAACAGGUGCGCCUGGAGCUGAGCUUCGUGAACUCUGAUCUGCAGAUGCUGAAGGAGGAGCUGGAGGGGCUCAACAUCUCGGUGGGCGUGUACCAGGGCGCAGAGGAGGCAUUCACCAUCCCCCUCAUUCCUCUUGGCCUGAAGGAAACCAAAGAUGUGGACUUCUCUGUUGUCUUCAAGGAUUUUAUCCUGGAGCAUUACAGUGAAGACAGCUAUUUAUACGAAGAUGAAAUUGCAGAUCUCAUGGAUCUCAGGCAGGCUUGCAGGACGCCCAGCCGGGAUGAGGCCGGUGUGGAGCUGCUGAUAACCUACUUCAUCCAGCUGGGCUUCGUGGAGAGCAGGUUCUUCCCCCCGACCCGCCAGAUGGGGCUCUUGUUUACCUGGUACGACUCCCUCACCGGGGUCCCAGUCAGCCAGCAGAACCUGCUUCUGGAGAAGGCCAGUAUUCUGUUCAACAUAGGUGCUCUCUACACUCAGAUUGGAACCCGCUGCAACCGGCAGACCCAAGACGGGCUGGAGAGCGCGGUGGAUGCCUUCCAGAGAGCCGCAGGCGUUUUGAACUACCUGAAGGAGACAUUCACGCACACCCCGAGUUACGACAUGAGCCCUGCCAUGCUCAGCGUGCUCACCAAGAUGAUGCUAGCCCAAGCGCAGGAGAGCGUGUUCGAGAAAGUCACCCUCCCUGGGAUCCGCAAUGAGUUCUUCAUGCUGGUGAAGGUGGCGCAGGAGGCCGCCAAGGUGGGAGAGGUGUACUGGCAGCUCCACGCGGCCAUGAGCCAGGCCCCCGUGAAGGAGAACAUCCCCUACUCCUGGGCCCGCCUGGCCUGCGUGAAGGCCCACCACUACCAGGCCCUGGCCCACUACUUCACAGCCACCCUCCUCAUGGACCACCAGCUGAAGCCGGGUGCAGACUCGGACCUCCAGGAGAAGUGCCUGUCGCAGCUGUACACCCAGAUGCCCGAGGGACUGACGCCCCUGGCCACGCUGAGAAACGACCAGCAGCGCCGGCAGCUGGGAAAGUGCCACUUGCACAGAGCCGUCGCCCACCACGAGGAGUCGCUGAGGGAGGCCGGCCUGUGCAAGAAGCUCCGCGACAUCCCGGUGCUGCGGGAGGUGCUGACCGCCGCGCACCAGCGCUCCCGGCUCAAGUACGCCCAGCACCAAGAGGACGGCGACCUCCUGACCCUCUCCGCUGCUCCCGACCUUGUGUCUAAAACUGAGCAAGAAGUUGAAAUUAUAUUACCUCAGUUCUCCAAAGUCACAGUCGCAGACUUCUUCCACAAGCUGGGCCCCUUGUCUGUGUUCUCGGCCAGCAAGCGGUGGACACCUCCUCGGAGUGUCCACUUCACCGCAGAGCAGGGGGACCUGGGUUUCACCCUGCGAGGCAGCGCCCCGGUCCAGGUCCACUUCUUGGAUCCUCACUGCUCUGCUGCGCUGGCAGGAGCCAGGGAUGGGGAUUACAUAGUCUCCAUCCAAGACGUGGAUUGUAAGUGGCUGACGGUGAGCGAGGUGAUGAAGCUGCUGAAGAGCCCUGACGGGGACGAGAUCCACAUGAAGGUUGUGAGCCUCCUGGACUCCACAGCGUCUGUGCACGGCAAGUGUGCCACCUACUCCGUGGGGAUGCAGAAAACGUACUCCAUGAUCUGCCUGUCCAUCGACGACGAUGACAAGAGUGACAAAACCAAGAAGAUCUCUAAAAAGCUUUCCUUUCUGAGUUGGGGCACCGGUAAGAACAGGCAGAAGUCAGCCAGCACCUUGUGCCUCCCGGCCGUCGGGGUGGCCAGGCCGCAGGUGAAGAAGAAACUCCCCACGCCGUUCAGCUUGCUCAACUCGGACAGCUCCCUGUACUGA